CAACCAUGAAAAGUGUUACAAUUACCUUAUUCCCAUUUCUUCUUGUCAUUCUAGCUAACUGUUUUAGCUUUUGUGAUGCCAAUUCCAAUGUGCUUUGCUUUGAAAGUGAGAGAAAAGCCCUUUUGAAGUUCAAGAAUGAUCUCGUUGACCCUUCAAACAGGUUGUCUUCUUGGGUUGAAGGUGGGGGUUGCUGUAAAUGGCUCGGUGUCGUGUGCCAUAACUCAACAGGCCAUAUCAACCAACUGCACUUGGCUGCUCCUCUUUCAGUGGCCCAUUUUGAUGCACCAGUUGCUGAAUGGGAAGCUUACCAUCGAUCAAAGAACAAUUCCCUGCUAGGAGGCAAAAUAAAUCCUUCACUGCUGGAGUUGAAGCAUCUCAGUUCCCUGGACUUGAGCAAUAACAAUUUUAGCGGCAUACAGAUCCCGAAGUUUUUCGGUUUGCUGGAGAGUUUAUCAUAUCUUAACCUCUCUCAAGCACGAUUCCAGGGAGCAAUUCCUCAUAACCUGGGGAAUCUUUCAAAGUUGCAGUAUCUUGAUCUUGGAGGUAAUUAUCUCAAACCAAAAAGUCUUCAAUGGGUUUCUGGACUUUCUUUCUUGCAGUACCUUGAUUUGAGUUAUGCGGAUCUUCGUAAAGCAACUGAUUGGCUACUGGUAACAUUCCAACACCCUUCAUUGUUAGAGUUGCACUUGUCAGCUUGCAGUUUGGAAGAUGAUCCAUCCCCGAUCAAUGUCAAUUCUACAAAAUCACUUGUUGUUCUUGAUCUUUCUGAGAACAGCUUUUCUUCAGUACCUACGUCCAUAUUUGGUCUUCAAGGUCUUCUGUCCAUUGAUCUUAGUAGCAAUUCUUUGGAAGGCCCAAUUCCGGAUUACUUUAGGAACAUCUCAUUUCUUGAAGUUCUUGAUCUUAGUGGGAACUCACUCAAUUCAUCCACACCCAACUCUUUGUUUAGUUUAAAUCAUCUUCAAUUCCUUAAUCUUUCGAGCAAUGAAAUUGAUCAAGACGUAUCAGAAAUACUUCUGAGUCUGUCUAGAUGUUGUUUGGAUUGCUUAGAGUCAUUGGAUAUGGCACAUAACCAUCUUUUUGGCCAUUUAAUUGAUCAACUUGGGCACUUUAAAAACCUAGCUCACUUGUCGCUUGCUGGAAACAAUAUUUCUGGUCCCAUUCCAUUGUCCAUAGGGGAGUUAUCAUCUUUGAAGUUCUUUGAUGUUUCAGAAAAUCAAUUAAAUGGUACUUUUCCUCAAUGUUUUGGACAACUGAAAAGUUUGGAAACUCUGGAUUUGGGGUGUAACCAAUUGGAAGGAGUUGUAUCAGAAACCCAUUUUUCUAAUCUCACGAGAUUGACAACUCUAGCGGCAUCACAGAACAGGCUCAGAUUUCAACCAAACUCAAGCUGGAUUCUCCCGUUUCAAUGUCGAAUUAUCAAACUGGGUCAAUGGCAUCUUGGCCCGAAGUUUCCCCGAUGGUUAAAAUUCCAAAAAAAUUUAUCUGUUUUAGAUAUGUCCGAUGCAGGAAUUUCGGAUAUCUUGCCCACUUGGUUUUUGAACUUGUCCACUCAAUUUGAAUAUUUAAAUCUUUCAUAUAAUCAACUUACGGGAGGGAUUUCACAUUUGAACGUGAGAGAAUUUGUUGACUUGGCAUCAAACCGAUUCACAGGCCCAUUGCCAAGAGUAUUCCCAACUUUAAAAUUUUUAAUGUUGUCACAUAAUUCAUUUUCAGGUCCACUUUUUGAAUUAGUUUGUAAUCCAUUAAGAAAGGGGCCGAUGGAAUGUCUUUCCAUUAAAGGAAAUCUUCUCUCUGGAGAAAUCCCUGAUCGCUGGAAUCAUUGGCGAGGUUUGGUUUACUUAAAUUUGGAAAACAACAAUUUGACUGGGAAAAUCCCACCUUCUUUGGGACAUUUGAAUCUUUCCGUGCUAAACCUUCGUAACAAUGACAUGUUUGGAGAAUUACCAUCUACGUUGCAACUUUCUACGAGUUUGAUUAUACUUGAUCUCAGUGACAAUCAUUUCAGUGGGAGUGUACCAACAUGGAUUGGGGACAAACUCUCAAAACAUGAGAUUCUAAGCCUUCGAUCAAAUAACUUUGACGGACACAUUCCUCAAAAAAUUUGUCAACUUCAAUCUCUUCGGAUCUUGGACCUUGGCAAUAACAACAUUUCAGGAUCUAUUCCAAAAUGUUUUAGUAAUUUGAGUGCAAUGGCUAACAAAAGCAACCAAAAUAGCUAUAUGUUUCAGUGGUCGAUUACCCUCACUAAUUUGUUUUGUAUGAGAACUUUGUUAGUGCUGAAAGGACGAGUGGAUGAAUACAGUACCACACUAGGACUUGUUGUGAGCAUUUGUCUUUCAACUAAUAGACUCGUAGGAGAGAUCCCAAAAGAACUUGGAAGUCUCGUUGAGCUACAGUCAUUGAAUCUAUCAAGGAAUCUCCUAAUAGGAAAUAUACCGGACGAAAUUGGCAACAUGGAAUUGGAAUCUCUUGAUUUGUCGAUGAAUCAAUUGAAUGGUGAAAUCCCUUCAAGUUUCUCCAAUUUGAAUUUCAUAAAUUACUUCAAUGUCUCCUACAACAACUUGACAGGGCGAAUCCCAACAAGUACUCAACUUCAAAGCUUUGAAAACUUAUCUUACAUGAGCAAUCAUCUUUGCGGACCUCCUCUCUCUAAAGAUUGCAGCACAAACAGUACUCCAACUGAUGUUGCAAAUAAUGGAAGCAGAAGUGAAGGAAGUAACGUGAAUUGGCUUUAUGUCAGCAUAGUUAUUGGCUUUGUAAUGGGAUUUUGGGGUGUAGUGGCUCCCUUGUUUUUCAUCAGGUCUUGGAGGAAUGCAUACUAUCAAAAGUUGGACCAUGUUGGUCGAAAGCUGUAUAUGUCUUGGGCUACACCGGGUAGGUAAUUUAAUGGGAAAAGAAACAUGUAUAAUUAAGUUUUGUCUGUUUUUUUAUAUAGGACUCAGAUCUCAAAUCUAUUAAAUGCCAUAUUUUAAAAAGAUUACAUGAAUCGAUUAAUCUGAACUACUCAGUGCUUGAUUCAUGUUUUCUCUUUUGCAAAUUAAGAAACAUGUAUGGUUGUGUUUAAUUGUAUGUAAAUAGUGAAAAUGUUGUUGGGUUA